GGUCCUCCAAACACUAGAGGGCGCUAGAGCCAGAGGCUUUGACGUGAUUUGCGUAGAAGACCCUGAAGCGGAUGUUGGUCCUUACCUCAUGCAGUCAAUGCCUGGAGCUUAGAACAACCUUUGGGCGGUUAGAGAAUGGAGUUGAAUACUACUAAACAGUGUUCGCCAAUGUUAUUGUCCUGCGGCGGCGGAGCAGCUUUCAAUGAGAAGCUUCUCCUCAAGCCUAAGACUGGUAGGAGCCUGCAAACAGAGAGACUCCCCCGAAGCAGCGUGCUGGAACAGCUGCAGGGUUUCUUGCCUCGGAUGGCCGAGGCCAACGAGAAGCUGAAACGACAGAUGGAGCAGGCGCCUCCUGGAAGCUUUGACAUCGAGAGUGUGGAUGAGGAUGACAGGGUCAUAGAAAUGGAUGUGGCCCUGGUAGAGCUGGAGUCGUCAGUUAGUGAUUCAGAGGAGGAGGAGGAGGAGGAAGAGGAAUCAGACUCUGAGGAGGACAGCAGUGAGAUCACGGAGCAGAACCUCAAACUACCAGGACACACAGACAAAAAAAAGAACCCAAUCAUCCAGGUUCUCCAAGGGGAGGAGGGCGUCUAGCAGAACAUCUUUCCAUUUUUUAGUUUGAAAAACUGCAGAAGGAACUUUUUUUUCAUUCUGAAAUGAAAAGAAACGUCUUCCUGUCUGGAGAUUUCGAUCCUUUUCUCAUCCCUAUGGGAGAAAAAUUAUUUUUCGCUUUUCCUUUUUUUCAUGAAUCCCAGUAAGAUUACCAUAAACAGGAAGAUGGAAUAUCUCAGGCUUCUUCCUCAGCAAAAGAAAUUCAGAAAAAUGGAGGAUAUUUCUUUGUGAACUCCAUUUGUGGCAGACUCAUUGGUUUUCUCCAUAACGGUGUGAAGUUGAUGAUGUCGCAGGUUGUUGCAGUUUAUCCCCAAAGGUUCCUCUACAAGCAGCUGAAUGAGAGCCAGUUUCUCCUGCUGGUUGUCACGUCAUCCUCUUGUUCCGGCCUCCUUCCUUCAGGUCUUCUGUUGACUUUGCAGCCUGUUGAAAAUCUGUCUCUUUAAAAUAACAGUUUCCAUCAAAUGUGUCAUGAAAUCAGAGACUUUGUUCCUUUGGACAGACUUUUUUUCUCAGCAUCACAAAUGAAAAUGAGAAUUUUCUUUCAAACAUUUUUGAAGGGAUGCAUUUUAUUCUGGUGAGACUUGUCACCCUUGGGUUGGGAGGCGUUUACUUCCCUUUGCUCCUUUUCCACAGCUCUACAUUCACAGUUUUGUCACAAGGAAACAAACAUCUAAUUGGUUUAAUUAUACAAAAUAGGGGGAACAAUACAAAUUUUCAUGACAAAUAAUGUCCAAAAUAUCUGGAAUAUUUUUGUCCUUGUUUCGGUUUUAAAAACAGAAUUUACAAAAGUGUAAACAGUGUUUAAAAAUGUAAAAAAGAUUUUACAUCUGCAAUAAAUGACACAGCCUGAAUUCUACUG